AAGCCCCGCCCCCACUCAGACCCCGCCCCUUCGGCCGCUCCCGUGACGUCACUUCAGGCGCGCGCCCAAGAUGGCGGCGCCCUUGCGGCGGGCGCUGCUGGCGCUGGGCCCGGCCCGCUCCCGGCUCCCGCCGCCGGCGCGGCCCUACCGGGCAGCUCCGCUGCGCCGCCGCCCAGGCCCGGCCCCGGGAGACCCCGAGGACCUGCGUGCAGCCGCGCGGCGCUUCGGGCGGCUCGGGGAGGCGUCGGGGGUGGCGGUGUGGCGGCUCUGGCCGAGCCCGGAGCAGCUGCGGGAGGCGGAGGCGGAGGAGCGCGAGUGGGACCCGCCGCUCCGCGAUGUGGAGGCCGUGCUGGAUCAGCGGGAGCGGGAGGAGGCGCGGCGGAGGAAGGAGAGGGAGGAGCUGGUGUCGCGCAGCCUGGCGGCGAUGCCAGCCCGGGUGGCCGCGUGGCGCCGGGACCGGGAGGCGGCUCGGGAGCGGGCGCGGGCGGACGCGGCGCGGCGGCAGCGGCUGCUGGCCGAGGCGGGGCUGGGGGGGCUCCCGCGGCCCGGGACCCCCGCCCGAGCCUCGGCCCGAGCCCAGGAGCUGCUGGAGGACCUGGAGCGGCAGCAGCGGCGGGAGGAGAAGCGGCGGCGGCGGCAGGAGCGGGAGGAGGCGGCUCGGAGCGCCUUGGCGGAGGCGGAGGUGGCUGCGGCCGCACGGCCGCUCCCCGGGGCGCCCCCGGAGAGCAACGAGAGCCCCCCCAAAAGCAUCGGGGCGACCUCCUGACCCCCGCUUUGUCCGGAGAUCACUGGAGCUGUCCUCCGAGCUCCCCCAAAACUGCUGCAGCCCCCCAGAAUCACCGGAACCUCCUCCUGAGCCUCCUCUCGAGGAAAUGAGAAUCCCCGACACCCCCAGAAUGGGUUUAAAACUCUGCAUUUAA